CACUUGUUCACAGGACCACCAUUGAUUGGGACCACAACCUGCUUGCUCUUAAGCCAUGAGGAAACUGGUGGUUCUUACUUUGAUGGUCGCCAGCGUCUGCGGAUGUGGCCUUCCUACCCACCCUCCUGUGGUGGACCGGGUGGUCGCGGGAGUGGAAGCCAGGCCUCACAGUUGGCCGUGGCAGGUGUCCCUCCAGUCAGACAGCAGGGGGCGCUGGAGUCACGUGUGUGGAGGAACCCUCAUCACAGCUGCGUGGGUCCUCACUGCUGCACACUGCAUCAGCAGCAGCCGCUACAACUACAGCGUGGAAGUGGGGAAGCACAGUUUGGAGGCGAGCGAGGAGAACUCCAUGGCUCGCAGGGCGUCCCAGAUGGUCAUCCAUGAAGACUACAACAUCUUUCUAAGCCGUAACGACAUCGCCCUGAUCAAGCUCUCCACCCCGGUGCUCUUGUCUGACACCGUCAUGCCUGCCUGCCUCCCACAGCCCGAUGCUGUCCUCCCCCACGCCGCCGCAUGCUACGUCACCGGCUGGGGUCGGCUGUCCACUGACGGCCCGAUGGCUGACACUCUGCAGCAGGCUCGACUGUUGGUGGUCGGCCACGACACCUGCUCCCAGCCUGACUGGUGGGGCGUCCUGGCGACGGACAAGAUGGUCUGCGCCGGUGGGGACGGCGUCUCUGCCGGCUGUAACGGAGACUCCGGGGGUCCUCUGAACUGCCAGAACCUGGAUGGCACAUGGAGCGUCCAUGGAGUGGUGAGCUUCGGUUCUGGCCAGGGCUGCAACGUGGCCCAGAAGCCAACCGUCUUCACCCAAGUUAGCUCCUACAUGGACUGGAUCAACAAAGUUACGAGCAGCUACUGAUGAGGACGCUCAGGUGUUUGUCAAAUUUAUUUUUUGGUACUUUGGUAUACCGUAGCGAAGGGAUUCAUAUGGCCCCAAUGCAAUGCAGUCUGCUGAAAACUAUGGAAAGCGGCACUCGAGGUAGCAACUGACGUAGUCAAAGUCGGAAUUUCCACAAAACACAUUUCAAGACAUCCAACACGGCUAAAGAGGAUAGUGCACCCCCCACCACCCCCCAAUUUGUCAUGUUUCAUGUGUCAGGUAAACAUCGACGAAUGCGGCCAUAUGAAUCCCCUUAGUACUGUGUAGCCCAAUGUAACUUUUAAAGACUAAUUUAUAGUCUCCUGCUAAAAUAAACACGUUUUAACAAUAGUGAAAUA